CUUCCCCUGUGUACUUCUUUCUCAGAUUUCUCUUCAUUAUAACAUCCCAGUUCCUGCUGACAUCCCAUCUCUCAGUGUCAUGGUCACCAGUGAGGCCGUAUGCACCAACAAAAGACCCGAACUCUCUUUAGGGUUCUCGACCCUAUAUAGUGGAACUGAGCCCACUACAAACAUGGUGAUCCUGGAUAUCAAAAUGCUCUCUGGGUUUGUCCUGGACCCAAAGUCUUUGAGUGAUCUCAAACGUGCCGAGCUGGUGGAUCGAGUUGAACAAAAAGAGGACCACGUUCUGGUCUACAUAACGGAGUUAACGAAGGACAUACCCAUCAAACACAGUGUUCAGCUCAUACAGGAGGUCCCAGUGCAGAACCUGAAGCCAGCCGUGGUCAAGAUAUAUGACUACUACCAGCCAAGUGACCAGGAUGACGCAGAAUACACCUUCCUUUGUGCUGAAGGGUGAAGUGUGGUCAGUCUUCCAGCGGUCACUUGAUUCCAGUAUAAUUUCAAAAGAUACGUUUUAUGUUCCUUAACAAAACAUAUUUUCCUGUCAGUGUUUGGCCACAAUCCCUUCCAGCUGUGUAACUACUGUAUUAAGUGAAAUUCAUAUUCAGUAUGAUUGACAAUAAAGUGAUGUGACUGUGCCACUUAAAA